AUGUCCAACAGUCAAAGCGACUACGACUGGCUGCAGACCAUUUUCCCGGGCUGGAGAGAUGAGACUCCAGUUAAUGAGAUCCGAGAAAAUGGUAGUUCCGGUGAAAAUCGAGUGCAAAGUCCGCAUCUCGUGUACGCUGAUGCCGCACGAAUGGACCAGACUGCCAAUGCCGCAUUUGCGCGUUAUCCAAGCUCCAGAACACCGCAUGCUGAACUUGCACAGGGGCUACAAAGACCUUCGAGCUCAAUUUCGUACUCUCAGGGCAUGGAUCAAACCUUAUUCGAGUCUCAAUUACACCAUCCAUCUUCUCACCAGCCGUUGCAGCAUCAGCAGCAGCCACAGCCGCAGCCGCAGCGAAAUCUGGCACAGGAUCAGCCGCCGUCGAAUGGUACGCAUCGACUCUACCAGGAGCAAGGCCUUACAAAUCUGCAGCACCCACGCCAACUGCAUCGACAGUCCCAUCAGUCUCAACCCAUAAUCAAUGGCCGAGGAACGCAGUAUGCAGAGGGCAGCGCCCAUGGAGAGGUCGCGCCGGUGCCUCAGCACACCCCGCAGCAUUAUCAAGCGCACCAUGCAUUGUCGCGGGAGCCUUCGCAAAACACACAACUGCAGAUCUCACACCAAUAUAUAUCUCAACAACAGGCUGCGCAAGCACAGGCUCCGCAACAGCAUGGUUCACAACAGCCUGAGCCGAAACAACAAGCACGGCUACAGCCACCACCAGCAGCACCACCACCCCAACAGCAACAGAUCCGACAGUACGAACAGCCUCAGCAAACACAACCGCAAUCUUCGCAAGUCGCUCCUCCACCUCUCAACCAGCAUAUGCCACUCCAACAAUAUCACUCUGCUCAGGGUCAACGCCAGCAAGAGACUCGGCAACCUCGACUACAUCAACGGAGCCUCGAGCGCAUCUCCUCGCCGCAAGAUCAGUACCGGGGUCCAGAUCAGCAGCAAUACGUGAGACCUUCAGAUAUCAGUCCCUCCGUGAACUACUGGUUGCCCAAUCCUAUAAGGCGUCCCGACCAUCGAGCGCCAAUGAAACACUUACCUGUACCUCAUCAGCGAGCAGCCUCGAGGCCGGCGCUCGCUUCCUCCGAUGCUCCAUCUGUAUCUAAUCAAGUCGCAGCGCAAUCUCGUUCGCCAGAUAGGUCGCCUCUGCUCCAAGCAAAUGCCAAGCACGAAAGUCGUUAUACGUAUCAGAAUAGUCCUGUGAUGGCAAGUUCACCGCUUCAGCUUUCUUCAGAAGCAUCGACGUCACAGAUGGACCCAGGCUUGAUGCAUCAACCGAUAAGAACGCCAGUUCCGCAAUCUCGAUCAUCGGCUCGAGUGCCCGACCAGCCGCCGCAGGCGUCUGGCGAGCUUGACAGCUCUAGACGAGGCUCCGUCCUCGAAGAUAAAGAGCUUUACAAUACGAGCUCGCCACGAAUUGAUCCUUAUACUUCUUCGUCGCGUAGUACCCUUGGACCUCAAUCUCACACGCCCCGAAAAACCUCAUCAACCAAGAACGGCGCGACGAGUGCAAGAAAGCCAUCGUUGUCUUCCGCAACCUCUCGCCCUAAGGAUGCAAACCAAGACAUGGGACACGGUCAUCAAAUUAGUGCUGAUUCCCAUCGUGCAUCUCUACAAAGACCUGUUCUACACCAAAAUCACUCUUCGGAAUCCAGUACGCCCUAUUCAAUUAAACCAGUGUCUGCACCGAUAGCGGCGUCUCAACCCUCCCCGGCAGUAUCCCAACCCCCGAUAGGGGCAAAACCGUCGCCUUCACAUCCAAUAUCCCCUAAAAUCCCACAGGCCAUUCGGCCCUACAUGAAACCCCACAUGAUCAAGGAAUGCAAACAGAGGCUUAAUCAAAUUGCUGGUCUAUCCGGUACUGCUGCUGGUAGACUCUCUCAAAACAUCUCGUUAUCAUCAGAGAGGCCAGAUACUGUCCCCUCCGUGUCAAAGCCAAUUGCAGCUCCUCAGGCGCGUGGCUUUGAUGGACAUCAAAUGAUCGAAGCACAUUCCCGUUCUGGCACACCAACGGGGAGAAAACUCUCUACUUCGAACGUGGCACCUGCACAGCCACCUCGUGAUCAAUCGUCAAUUGUCCCCCAGCAAAAACCUGACAGGAUGUCUGAUCCGUCUGCGCCUACGGCAACAAAUACAGCCGAUGUCUCGGCGAUGGCACCGGCUUCGAGGGCUGCUGCCUUACCCAAAGCCCCUGCGGUGAUGAAUCGGAGCCUGUCAAUUGACAACCAUCAUGCUCAGACCUCAUCUACUAGAACUCAGUCUAUAACUCCCUCGGCUUCAUCGGGUCAGGUUGCUGAGGAACCUUCUCGAAUUGAUCUACGAAAAUCCGCCAGCACGUCUGCCAACCCCGGGCUGCCGGGCAACUUUUCGCCCUCUAUGACGACGUCCAGCAACCCGCCUGUACCUCUAGCAUCCAAUACGCGACCCAUUAUGGCUGCCCCCGUUCCUGCCACGGAAAGAACAAACUCUCCUUUCCCUGCUCACGUUGACUUGACGAGAGGGCCACGACGAGGCCGACCUCGCAAGUACUCCGCUCCUGGCAUGGAAAGACCCGGUUCAAGGCUAGCUAUCCACUCGCAAUCCAACACUGCAGAAGCCUUACCUCCCAGCCAAAACGAGCGAGCGACUUCAGGUGCACUUUUGCCUUCUCAAGCAAAUCACAGCCAGGCUCAUCCACGCACCGAGCUCGUGGCUCCAGGCCAACGACUGGCCACAACUUCAAGACCUCCGCAGUCUGGCUCACUGCCCGUGUAUCAUAGUGUACCGUCCACGCCCAACCCUGCAUCGCUGGCUCUAGCACAGUCUCAUGAGAGCCGAGAUUCACAGCCAAUUGCGCGACCAUUGCCCGCAUCUGCCGCCCAGAUCCGCCCGCAAGCAUUAGCCCGAGCCGCAGAAUUGCCGACAUCCGAGCCUGCCCAGCAGCGCCAUACACACUCUCUCCAGCUACCAGCUGCCAAGUCUCGCAAACUGAACGAUGGCUCACGCCACCUGGGUCCUCUUGCCUCCCCUGGUCUCGCUCAGCCAGCCUCAUCAAUUUCCAGCGAGCUCCCAGUAGCUGGGGAAGCUUACUCUUCGCCCUAUAGCUCGCAGAAUAUGACAAGGCCACAGAUCCCAGCCCGGCCAAACCAUCAACGCUUCAAAGAUCUUCCCAAUCGAAAACACCUUCUCAAUCGGCUCGACAUCGUCGAGCCUAUGAACGUCACAGAUGUACUCGUCAAGGACGCCUAUGAUCCAAAGACCAUUGCCCGCGAUAUACUUAUUGCCGCAGGCAGGCAUCCCCAAGAAAAGUCAUUGAAUCAUCACCUCGAACCCCUACGUCGCAGGUUCAAGGCCGUUGACGGCAACUCGGAUUUGACAACAUUCCGAUGGGAUCUGGUUGAUCCGCAUGUUGAUUAUCCACCUUCGGUGAUCCAGAUUGUGGACGCUGCAUACAAAGCGGCCUCGAUGGUGAGCGCCACAAGCACAGAAAGACCACUGGAUGCUACCCCACAACAGAUUCAUCCAAGCUCCAACCCGACCGGUUCAGGGCUGAUAGAACAACGGCAACACGUCCCUGGGUCGGCACGUGACUUACCCACUGCCCCGCUGACGAGUCCCGCGGACAAUCGCCCCGUUUUCAAUACUUCUAAUCCACGUUCUGUUGUCGCCCGCACCGAUAAAUCUGAAGCAAACGGAAGCGCGGAUAUCGUUCACCACAUUCCGGCCCCGAGUGCUGCAACAUCGAAGGGAAAACCUUCCACGCCUACUGUCCCCCCCUCACUGAAGUUAAGUGCAGCUCACCCCACGAGAAGAGAGUCACAUCAGGGCGUAAACACAGUCAAGAGCCCCCAUAAAUCCAGCUCUUUACAUCCCCCAACUGCCUCGUCCACCACCUUGCAUUCAACUACAUCCAAAUACCCAAACAACCCAGUUCCAGCACCGCCCACGGCAGUCAAUUUGAACGUAUUUGGUGCAUUGCCAUUCAAACCCUCGUCAUAUUACUCUCCCCUUCGCCCCACUGCACAACCACACCCUUAUUCCCUUCCAUUUCUCCCAGUCACCUCACCAGCCCCCAAGUCUCCAGACCCUGCCUCGCAUCCGCCUCCAACCCCCCUCGUGAUCAAGAGCAGGGAGCUUCUGCACCAGUACCUCGGUCAUAUACUCCAGCAGCUGCCGCAAAACCAAAAUCGAAAGGACAAUCAGCCUCGCAACAAGCUGCCCCUCCCCGCACGCCAUCACAAUCUGCCUCGCCCAUCCCUUCCCAAGGAGCUUCCGGAGCCGUUGGUUAUCAUUCCGACCUCUCCCCAAGCCAUGGCUCCCCCUAAAAGAGGACCUGGUCGACCUCCAAAGAGUGAUAGGAAGAUUGAAGUGGCUAUCGAUAAUCGCCUGACUCCUCAGUAUCAGGUUUUCCCGUGCCAGUGGACCGGAUGUGAGGCUAAGCUCCACAAUCUGCAAGCCAUUCAGACACAUAUGUUGGGGGUUCACAUCCCUCGACACAUUGUCUGUGCAUGGGAGAACUGCGCAGACAAGACCCCGCGAGCUGCCGCGGAUAUGUGGGAACACGUGGAUGGGAAGCACAUUACACCCAUGGCCUGGAAACAGGGCGAUGGGCCCUCGGUGCCUAUAAACGAGGUGGAGACCUAUGAUGCUCUUCAACCGACUUUCCAAGGCCGCCAGGACACGAUGACGCUGCCUGCUGACCGGGAUUCGGUCAAAAUCUUCAGCCGUAUUCAUGGCACGCAGACCAGCAAGCAAAGAGCUCGACUGAUGGAGGAAGGUGGUCGACAAUGGAAGGAACAAGCAGGUCCACAGGCAGAUUUAAGUGAUCGGCCUUUAUCCACGCCGCCACGGUUACGGGCCAGUCGCCACGGGGAGACAGCUUACACGCUAUCCGAUGUGAGUGUGGUCAUCUGA